UUACUAUUAUUAUGACUAACAGUUUCGACCCCUAAGGAGUCUUGAAAACCCCCAGACCACAUUUUGAGCAUCAAUACUGUAAGAUGACAAGCUUUCCGAGUUUGAUGCACAGCUUCAUUUAAUCCUAAACUUUCUUCCCUUUGAAGCGGGGCCAGUUAAUUGCUGUUUCUCCUCUGCACCCUUCCAUCUGAACUCACAUUUCUUUUGCCUGAAUAAUGAACACCGAUUUUUUUUUUUUAAAUCUGCAGAUCUAUUACUGAUUAUUCCCUCAGUCUUAGUUGGUCCAAAAUGUCAUUUUGCUUUCUUCACUGAACGCUAACUUCCUCGCGCAUAGAAUCCUAGACUGGCGGUUACAUUACGGUAGACUUCCUUGCUGCUCCUCUCUUUUGUCUGUGUUCCUUAACGGUUUUUUCUAACCCAGCCUCCAAUUCAGUGAUUCUUCAACUGUCUAAUCUGGUGCUAUAAAUCAACCAAAUUUCUAUUUGGCUCUUUUUCAAGUCAAUUAAGUGCCUUUCUUUUGUUUCAUUUUUUUCACGAUUUCCAGUUUUCUGCUUAAUUUUUCAGCCUUAUUUUGUGUUUCCUUGUGCAUAUUAAGCGUGGGUCUUUUUAAAACCUACGUUUAUUAGGUCCAGUGUCUGGGGUCCCUGUAUAAGUCUUUAUUUAUAUUGUCUAUUGAGUAGAAUUACUAUGCAUGAAAUUGAUGCAUAAAAACAUGCAGAGCAAGAAUGUUGAUAACACGAAGAGAAAUGGCAAGAAACCCAGAGGUGGGAGACUCGGCUUCUCGGCCAUUAACACCGCAAGCAGAGACUCCCGUUAUCAGAUGCUUCAGAGUCUUAUUAAGAAAGUUUGGAUCCCCAUGAAACCCUACUAUACCCAAGUUUACCAGGAGAUUUGGGUAGGAACGGGGUUGAUGGCCUACAUCGUUUAUAAAAUCAGGAGUGCUGAUAAAAGAAGUAAAGCCUUGAAAGCUUCCAGCCCCGCGCCGGCUCAUGGUCAUCACUAACCAGCUUUCCGUGGACGGGACAUCGGCCUGGCUGUGCCCUGGGAACGUGGGACCCCGUGUUGACGUGCUGCGGUGCCGCUGCCCUCGGGCAUGAAUAAACAUACCUGUGAGAUCCA